AUGGACCAGCAGAAGCCUGCAAGCACAACUAAAAGAAAGACCCACAACCGGGGCUAUAACUUACCCGUCAAGCGAGCCAGACCUCCACACCGGGAACUACUCUCCCCUGCACUCCAGGACCACCGAGGGCGAGACAUAGACCACCACAUCAGGGCGCCACCAAGAUCCUGCAGGGCAUCGGCUGACGGCAAUUAUAUUUGGGCAGCCGAACAGACUCAGAGACUGCAUCCUCUUUCAAAGGCGCUCACAAUUUACAGUCUCAUGGUAACACUGCACCACACACAUCUGCAGCUUGAUGGCCGAGUUUUAAGCCCACUCUUGGCCCCUACACCGACUAGGCCUCAAACACGAGAUGACUACACAUACCACCCAGGGGAUCAGUGGGGAACACUAGCACCACUACCACUACUACACCACGACAAGCAACUAAACUAUUUAUAUCAUCCUGACACUCUAGCCUAA